AGCAAAAGUCCGUAAAGAAAUUUCAUUUUAAAAUUUUUGUAUUUUUUACAACAAAUCGUCGAUUUAAGUCCACUUCCAAAUCACCAAUCAUUUGUUUGAAUACAAAAAAUUCAAGCUUUAUUUUGCAAGAUCUUGAAGAUGCAGGCCAGUACAGAUUAUGAUUUCACAGAGGAGGAGAUUCGCACCCAACUUGAGAAAUUGGGUUAUUACAACAUCCCAGAUCACAGGCUGAAGGAAUUCAAGCAAGAUUUGGAUCAUGUCUUGAUCAGCAACCAAAGUGAUAUUGAGGCAGCAGCAGGUCGAACUUCAACAGGUUCAGUUGGGUCGAGGCGAUCACCUUUCCCUGAUAGUUCAAGUCACAUGCAGGGACACUCGGAUGUCAACUCAUCGUUUGAACACUCUAAGUUUGGCAAGGAAAACCAAGAUGUGCACAUCCAAGUGAUGGGCGUUGACCCGAGCAUGAGAAAACAACCCACCUGUACCUACUAUGAUGGUGGCCAGAUGAGAUCGAGAUCUGCUCCUGUCAGUCCAGCGAAGUCCACUGCCAGUACAGACACAGAUGGAGAGAGGAGGCUUAUCAAGAGAAAAGUCCUAAGAAAAAUUAAUGGUGAGUCGAUUAUAGACGAGUCCAUCCUAGACAGUGAUGCUGAUUUGUCAGGAUUACGCGAGAAGAUCCGCCAACUUCCUAUCGUCGAGGAUGACGCAAGAUCUGUCACAGAGAGCGAGAAUUCCAGAAUUGGGGGGUCCAAGUGGAGAGCCAGGCCAAUGACUGCACCAGCUCGAGAUAUUCUCAGGGAGUCGAGAAUGUCAUAUGAAGAUCCCAGUGCAAAGUCUGUAAUCUACCCAAUGGAAGUGCAACCGAAUGAGCGUAACAUCCGUCGAUGUGACCCAGUCAGCCGCUACCACCAGUUCCGGCAGAGUUGGGAUGCCCAGAAGGCGCCUGGUGAGAAGGCCCACAAGACGCUGAGGUGGAAUAUGAGGGAACACAUGCUCUAUCACGAUGAAGUCUUCAAGAAAGAACCUAAAAAUUUUAACCCCAAUACGUACGUUGUUCCAACAGAGAAGAAAAGAAAAGCACUUCGAUGGCAGAUUCGUGCAGACUUGGCUGCUGGUGUCAUGCCUUCUACUGGUUAUACUACCAGCUGAAUAUAACAGGAGAUAUCAAAGACAUUUCAUAGACUACCCACAGUCCUGCUUGUAAGGACUGCAGCAGUGCACAUGGCUGGGAGAUUUUUCUGCCAUUUCAUAAAUUAACAUCUCUACUCAUCAUCAUUGUCAUCAUCUUAGUGUCUUAUCACAUUUGUGAAUUUGCCGGUUUGUGUGAUUUUGUCAAAUUUUGCUGCUUGAAUGAAUGAUGUCAGAGUGGAUGUCUGUAAAAUAUGUACAUUCUGUGAGAACAUUGAGAAUUAGUCUCAGCAUUUGAGUUGGUGAAAGGAAUUCUAAAUGGAAAAUGGAAAAUGACGAUAUGUUUGUGUUUGCUUUUAAGUUGCUUCUAAGUAGAGGGGCAUAUUAUGAGAUAGAAACUCGAGUUCCCAAAAUUGUUGCACUUGUUCUAAAACUGCCAAGUUGUACAAUAUUAUUCCAGUUAAAAUACCAUGACAUUCCAAAUACUAUUAUGAGAGAACAUUGUUGUAUCAAACGAAGCUACUACAUAUGCAUUUACAAUUAAUUCUACACAGUGAAUAAUGGUAUCUGUUUACCUUUGAAAAAUAUGUGCUUUGAAAGGAAAUUAUGACAUAAAAGAUGUGGAAAGAAGACUUGUUCAUUUUGAGGGACAUAAUAAGCAUUGCACAAACAAACAAUUUUUGUCACUGUGAUUAUAAUCGCUUCUCUGUCGGACAAAUAUUUACUCAUCAACCGGUAAAAUGGAUUGCUUGGUUUGAUUGUGAGAUUUUUGUCGCAGGUUUGUCAUGAUCAUGAUCGCAGGUUGUAGCAUCAAAAAUCGCUAUAUAUAAAGGAUCCCUCUGUAAUGUUUUUAGCGGUGUGUUUUGCUGAGCAGCUGGUCUGCUGACUGUAUAUUGUUUAUUUUUUAAUGAUUUAAUGUGCACAAGAUAGCCAGAAUACAUGGACUAGUUAUCACGAAAGGUAAUAUAUAUGCUGGUACUUUUGAUCUUGAAUAAUUACCAGAAUUAAUCAAAUAUUCACCCAUUGCCACAUCGUGUACAUAAGACUAGUAUGUGCAUGUAGCAGAAAUGUGGUAAAUAAUUAUUUUUUAAGGGUUGUUCAAGAACAAAAGUGUGAGUGUGGAACAUGGAUGUAUAAUGCCUGCUAAAAUACUAUUCUCUUUAGAAAUUUGGUCCCAAUCCGUGUAUGUAUAUUGCUGUUGCAUGUCGAAAGAACAUACAAUAUAAGAAUGAAAGUGCAGGUUUACCAAAAUUUUUGUUGAUAUCUAUUGUCUGAUUGUACUUUUUGAACCUUCACCUUUGAGAAACUUGUAAUACAAUUGUCUUGGUUACAGAAAUUCUAUGUUGUGUAGAGGGAUAUCAGCUCGCUUAUGGAUAAUUUUAUCAUGAUGUAAUUUUAGUUGACAGUUGGAUUGAUUCCACUUGUUAUGGUCAUAUUUUAUACCUGUAGUGAAGUGCAGGAGCAAAUAAA